CUUGGUGCCUGAGGUUGCUCAAUCGCAGUGUCUUUGGGAAUCUUAGAAACAAUAUAAUGCACACAUCUGUGCGCAGUGUCAUUGGAAGUAAUGGAAAGCACAAAGAAAGCUUUACAGUAAUUGUGGAGGGGAACAUAGCCAGUGGAAAGACUACAUUUUUAGAACAUUUUAAGAAAAACAACAAUGUUGAGACUUGUGAAGAACCCGUGAAGAAAUGGAGAGAUGUCAACGGAUAUAAUGCUUUGGCUAAAAUGUAUGAAGACCCCAGUCGUUGGUCGUUAACAUUACAAACUUAUGUACAGCUGACCAUGCUUGAACAACAUCUGAAAGAAACGGACAAACCAGUAAAAUUAAUGGAACGUUCUAUAUACAGCGCAAAGUAUUGCUUUGUGGAAAAUCUCUAUAAUAGUGGUUUGAUGCCAGGCCUUGAGUAUACUGUGCUAACAGAGUGGUUCAACUGGAUCAUUAAAAAUAAUCAAUGUAAAGUAGACCUGAUAGUUUAUUUACAAGCCAAACCAGAGACAGUGUUUAGAAGAAUCCAGGAAAGAAACAGGAGGGAAGAGUUUAACAUCACACUGGAGUAUCUGAAGAAAUUACAUGAUUUACAUGAAGAGUGGCUGGUUAAAGGAACUAAAUUCCCCCUUCCUUCCAAAGUUUUGGUAAUACCAGCUGACAAGGACUUGGAGGAAAUGCAUCAGAUUUAUUAUCAAAGAGAAAAAGAAAUAUUAUGUGGAGUGUCAUGAGGUUGUGCUUUAUAGAGUUUGUACAAGAUUUAUAGAUUCCAAUCCAGUGGGUUUUGAUAAGAAAUUACUUUUCAUAUUGCUAGUGAAAGGAAUGGCAAGGAAAUAUAUCUACCUCACUUUUAACACUAAACUUAAAUAACAGGAUAAUUUGAUGUUUGAAUUUAAAGUAUUGGUAUGUAAAUUGUUAGGUGAUAAACAAGUUAGUGGAGAUGGAAAUGGUUCUCAUAUUGCUAGUGAAAGGAAUGGCAAGGAAAUAGUAUAUCUACUUCACUUUUAACACUAAACUUAAGUAACAGGAUAAUUUGAUGUCUGAAUUUUAAGUAUGUACAGUUGAAGUUCCAUAUCUCGAACACUGAUAUCUUGAAUACCAUGGAUAUGUCAAAGUAAUUUAGAAGUCCCAACCACUUAUUCUUCAAGUAUUUUACCCCUGAUAUCUUGAAUCUUCAGAUAUCUCAAAGUGCUUUCUUGGUCCCACAGAGUUCAAGAUAACAAGGUUUGACUGUAAGUUGUACAGUGAUAAAUAAGUCAAUGAAGAUGGAGAUGAUAUGAAAACUUGAGCAAGGAAAUCAGUUCAUGAAAAAAACUUCCUUCUUAUUUGAAAACAAGAGAAAAGAAAAAGAAUUUAUAACUAUAACCUGUUAAAAGACUGGAAGUUUGUAAAACUACAUGUAUAUAGUUCCAUAUAUUUCGUUUACAUGUUGUACACAAGAGGCCCACGGGCCACAAC